CCGCUGCCAAUCGGCCCCAGUGCGCGUUGGCGGCUUUGGCUGUCGCCUGCGCCGAACCAGCGGGCUCAUCUGCAAGCCCCGCCUUUCCCCCAGUCCAUCCCGAUCUUUCGCCUAUCGUCUCGCCCGUCGUCUUGCCCCGUCCAUCCGCAGUCCUCCAGACACACGCAAGCAACCAGCCAUGCCAGUCAACACUGCCGAUCCCCGCUUCGUCCAGCUCUCCUUUGCAAACUCCUCGGUCACCAUCUUCUACUUUGGCGCCACCGUGACCUCCUGGACCGUGGACGGCCAUGAGCGGCUCUUCCUCAGCUCCAAGGCUCUCCUCGACUCGUCCAAGGCCAUCCGCGGCGGCAUUCCUCUCGUCUUCCCUCAUUUUGGAUCGGUCUCGUACAGCAAGCUUCCGCAGCACGGAUUCGCUCGCAACUCGACCUGGAAGUUCUUGGGUGCCGUCAAGGAUUCGAGCGACGAAGUCGUUGUUCAAUUUGAGCUUCGCCCCGAGCUCGUCCCCGAGCACCUCCGUGCUCUCUGGCAGCACGAUUUCCGCCUCGUGUAUACCGUCCGUCUGGCCGACCGAACCCUGACCACCUCCCUGAGGGCCGAGAACCCCGGCAGCGAGAGCUUCCUGUUCACCUCGCUGCUGCAUACGUACCUGAGAAUCGCGAAUGUCGAUGAUGUUGCCGUCCGCGGCUUCGAGAACCGACAGUACCUCGAUAAGGUGACCCCCGGUACUUUUACCGAGACCCGAUCUGAGGCCAAGAUCGCGAUGGAAGUCGACCGCGUCUAUCAGCAGGUCGACGGCGAGGUGUUGGUCGAGAAUACCCACAUUGGCGAUGUCCGCAUCCACAAGACCAACUUCCCCGACGUUGUGCUGUGGAAUCCUUGGAUCGAAAAGGCCCAGGCCAUGGCCGACUUUGGCGACGAGGAGUACAAGAACAUGGUCUGUGUCGAGGUGGGCUCGGUCUCGACCCCGAUCGUCCUCGAGGCUGGCCAGUCGUGGGAGGGCCAGCAGAUCCUUGUCGUCUAAGGCCCGUCCCCCCGUCCCUCCUCCACUUGAACUGUGAGACUGGAGCGGCUCUUGCUGAUCGUCAAUAACAGGACAUUGUUUUGUCUGCCGGA